AUGGACACACCAGCAGUUCCGGCGCCGCGGGAUGCCCGGGAGCGCGCCAUCCUGGAUCGCCUCGUCAUCAUCCGCGACCAGCUGCUGUUGUUGAAGCAGGACAGGACAACGUACAUCCGCAGCCAGGACGUCAUUCCACUCUACGAUCAGACCAUCGAGCAGGUCAAGGAACUGAAUACCGUCCGCGCCGAAACAGGCAACAAGGAGGAGAACAGACUGGACAAGGUCCUCGAGAGUUGCUUCCAGCUGCUGUCCCUCUUCUACCUGACCAUCGGCCGCAACAAUGAAGCCCCCGCAGCCGUCGCGCUGACGUCGACCGUCAAGCGCCUGCUCGACCACCUCACCGAAGCCGACCUGUACUCCGCCAAGGACCUGGAGAGCAUCAAGUCGACGCUGGCCAAGCUGUCCAAGAGCGUGAGCCAAGCGCAGGAGGAGCAGAACCCUGAAGAGCAGCACUCGCCGUACAUGCUGGCGCUUCUGGCCAAAAGAGUGGAGAACUGCCAAGCGUCCCUCGCCAACCUGCAGAAGCGACUGGAGCGGAUUGGCGAGCCGCUCCUGGUGAUGCAUGAGAAGAUGAUUUCGAUACUGCGACAGAUCUCCUUGGCCAACACAAAGUCAAAGUUCUCGACGAGCGAGGUCCAGAAGCUUCGAAAGCAGCUGGUGGAGAUUGGCGAGCAGCGCAAGGACGGCAAGUUCACCGCUGAGGACGGAACAGAGCCCAAGGGCGGGCCGGAGAUCUGCGACCUGUACAACCGAUGUCUGAAGUGGUCGGACCUGGUGUUGGAACGAAAAGGACAAGUCGCCGAGCAAUGGCGGCCGACAUACGACGCGCUCGUCGGCAUCCGGAAUGAUCUCGAGAAGUUGUCGCUGACGCAAGCCUGGUCGCUCCGCGAGACGGACCUGUACGACUUUCAGCGUCAACUCGACAAGAUUGACGAGAACCGGCAGGGCGGAAACUUUUACGAUGAGAGAGGGCGGCCGGCAGACCUCUGGACUCAGCGGACCAUGCUGUACCUGAUCAGGCGCAGCUACGCGUACAUUUACUCGUUCAUGCUUGCGUCAGAACCGGUAUCAGAGGCGUUGCUGCCAAUCUACAACCAGCUUCAGACGCUGAAACGAUGCCUCAUCGAGGUCAAGAACAACGGAGGCGUUUCGUCUGUCCGAGAGCUGUACCCGUACAGUAUGAAGCUCACCUCGCUGGAUAACAUGAGGGUCGAUGGCAAAUUUGUGGUUAACGGAGACAUCCCGGAAGGCCAAGGAAGUGUUAGCGAGCUUCUCGCCGAGUGCUUCGACAUCAACUAUGACUUGAGGGUCGCAGUCGAAGAGAAUGCCAACAGCGAGUAG